AUGAACGACCCUCAAGAUCCGCUUUUUGAAGACGGCAUCGACCUCUUAAACACAGACCCACAAGCCACAACACAUGCCGCUGAACCCUCAAACACAGACACAGGCGCCAUAAUACAUACCAUCGAGCUAUCAGACACAGACUCAGAAGCCACUAUCCGCGCUUCCUCCCAUGAUCACCGAAAACCAGUUGGCGCCACCCCUCCCCCCGAAACUCCGGCCACAGCCCAGCCCACAGAAACGACCCGCGUCGCCGGUUUCUACACAGAAACUCCUCCAUACAGCCCGCCCAACCCUGUUAUCACACAACAACCAGUACCCCACCGCAUCUUGACUGUCGGGACAAGCACUCCGCCACCCACGCCUCUAAUUAAUCCCUCAGAUAUUGUGCUACCGCCUAUUAAUAACGCCGCCGGACGUACGCGUGUAUAUUCGCGGGUAGAGAGAAACCUAGCCAGGAUAAGGGAGAAGCUAUACAUAAGAGUGGCGCAAAAUGCAGCGGUGGUGACGUGGAAUCAACAGGAGAGAUAUGCGAAGGUGUGGAUGUGCACGCUGGGGGUGUAUUUGCUCGCGGGAGUUGCGUUGGUUAUCCUUGCGGGGGUGCAAUUUUGGAAAGCGAAAAACGCACGUUGA